AUGCACUCUGCUGGCCAUUCUUUAGUACAGACUGCAAAUGCAACUGCACACCAGCUCAGCGAGACCGAGCUCAACAGUUCUUCAAACUCGAAUGACGCUUCUUUGUACUAUUUUCUGGAGGAAUGGACUCUUAACACAUCAGGAGCAAACAUGAAGAUGUUUUUAAUCCCCCCAGUUGUCUGCCUCGCUGCAGGUGUCCUCAUCAUUCCUGCCAUCCUGUUUGUGAUCUGCUCUAGGUUUAGCAUCCGUCAGGAGACAAGGUACAUGCUGCUGGGAAACGCUCUGCUUUCUGACCUGAUCUACCUGUUGUUCUACACCGUGUCAGCUGCUUUCAAUGUUGCACAUGUCCAUCUCCCAAAGGAAGCUUGUGUCCUCCUCUUGUUUUUGCUGGCAGUGGCUUACUGUGGAGGAUUGUUCACAGCUACUGCUAUGGUCUUGGACACAUACAUUGCUAUUUUGUUUCCUUUGCGCUACGUUGUGAUUUUGCCUCCUUCACGAACUAAAAAACUUAUUGUCUUACUGUGGAUUUGUUCUGGGGCUCUCCCUGGGAUUUUCUUCUUGGUGCUCUGGAGCACUCACAGCUUUCUGCCCUGUGUCCUGGAGACGUGCUCGGUUCCAGUCAUACUAACGUUAACGCUGAAGAGGACUGAUGCUGUGAAAGUCUGUUUCUGCAUUUCCAUCACAGUUAUCUUUCUCUGUCUGUCUCUGAUAUUUUGUUGCUAUGCUAUUCUGUAUUUUAAAACCAAACAAUCAGGGAUAUGGGAGAGCAUCUGCUCCAGAGCUGCUGUAACGUUCUUAAUGCACAACACCGUGUUAUUUUUUUACUUCUUUCCACUCUUGGCCCUUAUUGUAGAAUCAGUCUUGUACAAUAAUGUUGUCAUCAGACUAAAGACAGGAAUCUUGGUCUCUGUGACAGUCUGCAAUGUCCUGAUGAUUCUGCCUAAAGUUUUGUUCCCUUUUCUGUACGGGCUUCGAUACAGAGAGAUCUCAGCAUCUCUCAAAUGCCUUGUCAGAAGGAAGACGCUUCGCCUGGUGUCACCUGCUCCAUCACCAUCCUGA